AUGGAAAAUACAAACGAUACCGACUGUAAAAUGAAACUACUUCGAAAGUUACCAAAAGGAUUGAAAACCAAUGGAAAUCUUAAUGAAAACUGGAACAAGGUUAGGGAAAGCUUUGACAUAUUUUUAAAAGUGACAAACGAUAUUAUAAAAUCGGAUGAGAUUAAAGUCGCUAUAUUAUUAAAUAUUGUCGGCAAAGAUGGUAUUGAAUUAUACAAUAAAUUUAAUCUCCAAGAAACAGAGAAGAAAAACUUGACACGAGUGUUGCAAUGUUUUGAAGAGCAUUGCGGUCCUAAGAAAAAUAUUGUACAUGAAACGUUCAAGUUCUUUAGCAGAAUACAACAAGAAGAUGAAAAAUUUGAGAGCUUUUUAAGAGAUAUAAGAAAGCUUAGUCAAACGUGUGACUUUGGAACAAUGACUAAUAGAAUGAUUCGAGACAAAAUUGUGUUUGGAAUAAGAGACAAAGCACUGCAGGAUAGACUUCUAAAAAUGGAAGAUCUCAAUUUGCAAAAGACAAUUAAUUACUGCAGAGCUUCUGAAAUUCAAGAAAGAAAGCAACAAGGACGCAAAGUAGAGAAACAUGGUCUAAGAAAAAAAGUAACACAGAAGAUCAGUAAAGUCAGAGAGGUCAGAGCCAAGAAGGUAACACAAAAGUCCAACUGCAGUAUAUGUGACAUAAAACAUGGUCCACGCAAAUGUUCGACAUAUGAGAAAAAAAACGAGGAAUGCAGUAAACCAAAUUGUUUACUUGAGGAAGAAGAAGAAGAUGAUGAACGGAUCCCAGUUCGACGCUGGAUACGUAAAAAUUACACAAAAUUAACAACAAAUAGAGCAAAAUGCAAUCAUUGUUCUGAAGUAUUUUGUUACAAGUAUGUACCUGAAUUACCUUGCCACUUGAGAUUGGUCCAUCCAGAUAAAUUAACAGAUAAGGAGAAAGAAGAUCGUAAAAUCAGUUGGGUAUGGGAUUACUUUACACCAGGAAACAAUAUGAGUGCUAUAUGCAACAUUUGUAAUAAAACAUAUAACAUAAUAUCAACCACUAGAUGUUUAAAUUUACACUUAAAACGCGUUCAUAGGGAAAUUGCUGCAAAGUUUGCGGACGAUAUGAGCAAUGAUACAAACAGGGAUACAACUACGAAAAAAGUAGAAUCUCAAGAAAACUUAGCAGUUUCAUCUAAUAAUUUACAUGGAAACACAGAAGAAACAAAACAUUCUCUUAACGAGGAAAUUAUUGCAAGGCAAACGGGCAUAAGUGACGGUACGAGCAAGAACAUGACAAUAAAAAGGAAAUCUGAUAAAGAUUCUACAACUUCAUCUGAAAACACAGAAGAAACAAGAGAUUUUAAGAAGUAAUUAUUUUCUUUACAUUUUUUUACGUAUUAUUCUGCAUACCAUACUUAACUAUUAUCUUUAAAACAUAUCUAAAUUGAU